AUUACUAUGGUUAGGUCCACAAAGGAAACUCCUAUUCAUAUUCCUUUAUUGUGUUGCUGGGAUCAGACCAAGCCACAAAAGCCAGAACCACCUCCUCCAGGAUCAGGAUGAGAUGGCAGCUGCUCCCCUCAGAAACAGGAACUUGGGCACGGUGGCUCCUCGGUUCUUUGUGAUGCCGUCAGAGGAAGCGGGUGGUUGUGAGAACCACAGAGUCUGCAGAUGAAGCCAGCACUCCAAGCACCUGCACCUGUGUCUGACAGAGCUCGGAGCCCUGGACCUUCUUCCCUGGUUGGCUGUGCUGGGGAGGGUCGCUAAGUCUGAGAUCACUAAGGAGCACUGGGCUUCUGCACCAACCCCAAUGUGCUGCUGACCACAGACAGAUGCUGAGCUUCCCAAGCCAUCUCCAACUCUGAAGAUCCUCCAAAAGGCCCUAACAGGUCCAGCUGAAGCGUGUGUUUUAGCUGCAUGUCCUCCCCAGUCCUCUGACUACAAGAAACCAAUUCCCCUCAGCAAUGUGCUUCUGAGAGUUCAGCUGAGGAGUGAUGGGAAGUCUGCCCAGCAGAAGGAAAACCCUGCCGAGCCCAAGCGUGAGCCCCUGUGUCCAAGGCCAGGGACCUGAGCCCUUGAGAGCCGAGAGAUGCCAGCCCACAGCUGUGGCCCUGGGCAGUUUCCCAGCAGGCGGGCAGGCUGAGCUGUCUCUGAGACUGGGGGAGCCAUUGACCGUCGUCUCUGAGGAUGGAGACUGGUGGACGGUGCUAUCACAAGUCUCCGGCAGAGAGUACAGUGUCCCCAACAUGCAUGUGGCCAAAGUCUCCCACGGGUGGCUGUAUGAGGGCCUGAGCCGGGAGAAAGCUGAGGAACUGCUACUGCUGCCUGGGAACCCAGGAGGGGCCUUCCUCAUCCGGGAGAGCCAGACCAGGAGAGGCUGCUACUCCCUGUCAGUCCGACUCAGCCGCCCUGCAUCUUGGGACCAGAUCAGACACUACAGGAUCCAGCGCCUCGAUAAUGGCUGGCUGUACAUCUCCCCUCGCCUCACCUUCCCCUCACUCCAGGACCUGGUGGACCAUUACUCUGAGCUGGCAGAUGACAUAUGCUGCCUCCUCAAGGAGCCCUGUGCCCUACAGAGGUGCAGCCCACACCCUGUCAAGGACAUACCCCUACCUGUGACUGUGCAGAGGACAUCGCUCAACUGGAAAGAACUGGACAGCUCCCUCUUGUUUUCCGAAGCACCUACCACGGGAGAGUCAUCUCUUCUCAGCGAGGGGCUCCGGGAGUCCCUCAGCUCCUACAUCAGCCUGACCGAGGAUGUCUCCUCGGAUGAUGCCAAGGUCAAAAGCAGAGGUCGGAAGGGGAGACAAAGCUGUAGCACCUAGCCCAACUUUGCUCAAGCUGAGCACUCUGGAAGAAAGGCUGUGCAUGCAAGAGGGGAGGCCUGCGACACAGGUGCAUCCAGGGUUCCACCCGGACCGUCUUCUUGGUCCUAUGAAGUCACUUACCUCCUCCCCUGGCCAUGUCCCCGCCUGCAACUUCAGCUGGAGGACAGGACAACUGGGAGCAGGAUCAGGGGCCCAGAAGAGAAUAAACUGUCACUGGGUCUGUCAGGUCCUGAUAGCAGGAAUUCCAGCUCUACCUUCGACCCCUGCCUGGUGAGUCCCAUUCUACACGCUAUUAACCAACCCCACCUACAAUGUAGGUCACUACUAACAUCAAGGAAAAAAAUAAAUCAUUUUAGAAAAGUGACAGGUCUCAGAAUACCAACACACCUCAGAGAGCGAGGCUGUGGCCCAGAAGGGGAA